AUGAAAAAUCUCUCUGAAGUGACAUCUUUUCAUCUGUCUGAUUACUAUGGCAUGGAGGACAUGAAGCCAGUGUACUUCUGCAUGUUCCUGAUUAUAUAUCUAACUAUUGUUGCUGAAAAUAUUGCAUUAAUCAUGGUGGUCUAUCGUGAAAAAACUCUGCAUGAGCCAAUGUAUUUGUUGCUGUGUAACCUGGCUGUGAAUGGUUUGUAUGGAAGCACUGCCUUACUGCCAGCUGUCCUGAGCAAGCUGCUGUCACACUCAUAUGAAAUAUCCCUACCGCUUUGUCAGACACAGAUCUAUGCCAUACACACAUUUGCCAUCACUGAAUUCACAAUUCUAGCAGCAAUGAGUUAUGACAGAUAUGUGGCCAUUUGUUACCCGCUGCCAUAUCAUGCAAUCAUGUCACAGAGGCUUGUUAAACUCAUUGUUUUCACAUGGCUUUACCCCAUGCUGGCAUUUUUAAUUGUUUUCAUUUUGACUCUUCAGCUGAGGUUUUGUGAGAGAACCAUAGAAAAGGUUUACUGUGUGAAUUACUUACUGGUGAAACUUGCUUGUACAGAUACAUCUAUUAUGAACAUAGUUGGCUUACUAUCUGUAGUUCUAUAUACGAUUCCACAGCUUAUCAUGAUCUUUUAUUCAUAUGCACAUAUCCUGAGGAUAUGUUUACUGUCAUUCAGCAAAUCCAGGCUCAAAGCCCUUCGGACUUGCACCCCCCACCUACUAGCCAUAAUUAACUACUCUAUCGGGUGCUUUUUUGAAAUAGCACAAAGUCGAUUCAAUGUUAGCCACCUGCCUUAUGAAACCAAGUUGUUUUUAUCUCUCUACUUUUUGAUAUUCCCAUCCAUCCUUAAUCCAGCAAUCUAUGGUUUGAGCAUCCAAGUGAUAAGAGUUCGACUGUUUGGGCUUUUCAGCAGAAAAAGUAGGCAAGUAGAAAUGAUGUAG